CACAUUGUCGCCAAGCAACGCUUGUCCAAAGCGAAACGGAGACAGCCUAACAAAUUGUUAUGACCGACCUGCCACACGUCCUACCAUGGAACCAUCUCCAACAGUUGUUAUUACGAUUGAGAAAAAAUACAGAAGGCGGCAAUUAUGUCAUUUUGUGUCCAAGAAACUUUUAACGCGCAAGGUUUCACAAAGUUAUUUACUAACUGCGUCACACAAAACCCAAUUCAAAUUAAAAUGUAAAGUGGGCAGAGCCAAAGAAGCGUUAACAGUUAUCAAUCACAAAAGCCAAUCACAUACGACAAAGACGCCUGGAUACACCGACGCCAUUGAACAAUUCACGCUGGGUAAUUGCAUCGAUACAGUUGCUGUUGUGCCGCACAAGAUUGUGCAUCAACUCAAAGGUGGCUCAAAAAUGGUUCCAACUCUAUACUACCUACCGCCUAGUCCCCCGUGUCGCAGUAUAUUGUUGUUAGGUAAAAUAUUAGGCAUCGAUUUCGACUUAAAGACAGUGAAUGUAUUGGAGGGCGAGCAAUUGAGUCCAGAUUUUACGAGGAUAAAUCCCCAACAUUGUAUACCAACGCUUAAUGACGAAGGCCUUGUGCUGUGGGAAAGUCGUGCUAUUUUACAAUAUCUGGCCGCUGCUUAUGGCAAAGACGAUUCUCUGUACCCGAAAGAUGUGCGUACACGCGCAAUGGUCGAUCAACGCCUUCAAUUUGAUUUGAGCACCCUGUAUGCGCGCACGUUUGAUUAUUUUUUUCCCACUAUUUUCCAUGGUUCACCAUUGAACGCGAGCAAGAAAGCAAAAUUAUGUGAGGCAUUCAAUUGGUUCAAUGAAAUGUUGAGGGAUCACGAAUUUUCAGCAACGGAUAACUUUACAAUUGCCGAUAUCACCUUGUCGGUAACGGUAUCACAAUGCGAAGCUUUUGGAUUCGAUAUAAGCGCAUACGAUCAUGUUAUGGUGUGGUUGCAACGGUGCAAGGACUACUUGCUACCUUACGAAUAUGAGGAAUUAAAUGCCACCAAAGCAGUUAUUUUGGCCGAUAUGUUUCGUGCAAAGUUAGGAAGCCAAAAAAUUGUUUAAAAGAUUAAAAUUUUUGAGAAUUUAUAUUGUUAAAUAUUUUUCUGUUAACCGUAAUGCACUGAAAUUGAAGUUUGUAGAGAAAUAAAGCACUAAUGUAGUAAAACAGCAAA